GGUCUCAAACAAUAUUCGGCUGACAUUAAGAACGUGAGGGCGAACUUGGCUACAGUCCGGUUUGAUAUGCCCUCUGAGCCCACCACAAGACUCAACGAUGUUGGCUCAGGAAAGCCCGUGUUUUUCUUACCUCCGAUCGAAGGCAUAUUCGAGACACUGAAAGACUUGGCCCGCAAUCUGAACCGACCGGUGAUUGCCUUGAAUUGGAUGAAAACGAUGCAGGAGUUGAAGGACAUCAAGAAAGUCAGUGACUUCUAUAAGGAUAGACUGAAGCAACUGAUGCCUGAAGGCAACUACGAUAUCGUCGGCCACUCGUUUGGCGCAAUCGUCGGCAUUCAUAUGUGUCGAAAACAUGUGCCAAUCAAUACACUGCUUAUCCUCGACCCGUCCGACGCCGGCGUCAAAGACGACUGGAGUACCGACGAGAGGUUUGAGAUAGUGUUCGUCUACUUAAGGGCUUUUAUGCCCGAAAGGAUUCUCUUCAGAAUCCAGAAGGAAGUGAUGGAAAUCAAGGGCGAGACCCAGAGAAUCAACAAAUUGAUUGAACUGUUGAAACAUUACGGCGGCAAACAUCUGGUGGGCAAAGACGUGGAUGAGAUCAUAAAGGGCUCGUUCGAGAGGGCGGAGAUGGUGGUGCGCUAUCGCAAGAAGAAUAUCGCCAAAAUGCAGACAUUGAAACACUCGCACACCACCAAAAUGAUCAAACGUCAGAUCAAGAACAUCAACACAGAUGUGACGGUUGUUAAGCUG